AAGUAGAUGCAGUAAACGACAAAAGCCCAGAGGCAGAAGAAGCCCAGGAGUAGAAAAGAAGCGACGAAGCUUAGUGGAAGAGGAGCCGUCACCGUCGCCGUCGCCGAUCAACUGAGGGAGAACCGAACCACAGCUCACUGGCCAUGGCGUCAGGAGGUCUUCUUUAAAAGGUUCGACGUCAAGAGUAGAGAUCAAAGAACAAAAGAAAGCAGACAGUUUUGGUUAAAAAGUGUACAAGUAUGGCGAAUAGCAAGUACGAGUAUGUCAAGUCGUUCGAACUCGAAGACGAAGUUAUGUUUCCUAACCUGAUCGUUGUCCGGAUCGAUGGUCGUGACUUUUCUAGAUUCUCUCAAGUUCAUGAGUUUGAGAAGCCUAAUGAUGAAGCAGCCCUCAAUCUGAUGGAUUCGUGUUCUGCUGCCGUUUUGGAAGAGUACCCCGAUAUCAUCUUUGCAUAUGGAUUCAGUGAUGAAUACAGUUUUGUAUUCAAGAAAACGUCAAGAUUCUACCAAAGACGAUCCAGUAAGAUUUUGUCGUUGGUAGCUUCCUUCUUUGCUGCAGCGUACGUAACAAAAUGGAAAGAGUUCUUUCCCCAAAGAAAACUAGAAUAUGCUCCUUCUUUCACCUCAAAGGUUGUAACUUGUGCAACGCCAGAGGUUCUUCAAGUUUAUCUCGCGUGGAGACAACAGAACUGCCACGCCAAGAAUCAGUAUGAAACUUGUUUUUGGAUGUUAGUUAAAAGUGGAAAGACCAUAAGUGAAACACAAGAGGUUCUUAAGGAUACACAAAAGCAGCAGAAAAAUGAGCUUCUCUUUCAGAAAUUUGGUAUCAAUUACAAGACUCUUCCUGAAUUGUUUCGCCAAGGAUCAUGUCUUUUCAAAACAAAGGUGGAAGAAACUGUAAAGCAUGAUGAGAACGGGAAUCCUGUUAAAAGAUUGAGGAGAAAGGCUGUUUUAGUACAUUCAGAGAAUAUUGCUGCAAGAAGCUUUUGGAAUGAGCACCCUUCCCUCUAUAAUGAUCUUGGUUACUUCACGAAAGAUAUUGGCAGAAGUGAACCAGAUUUUGUUAGGUCGUUUCAGUUUGAGAACAAACUGUUACCUUUAACUUGGGUUGUGGUUAGGAUUGACGGCUGUCAUUUUCACAGAUUUUCUGACGUUCAUGAAUUUGAGAAGCCAAAUGAUGAGAAAGCUCUGAAACUUAUGAAUUCAUGUGCAGUGGCUGUUCUCGAGGAGUUUGAGGAUAUUCAAUUUGCCUAUGGUGUCAGUGAUGAGUACAGCUUUGUUUUGAAGAAAGAAUCUGAGCUCUACAAAAGACAAUCCAGUAAGAUAGUAUCUCCAAUCGCAUCCCUGUUUACAUCCACAUAUGUGACAAAAUGGGGAGAGUUCUUCCCUCAGAAAGUACUGAAGUAUCCUCCAUCCUUCGAUGGACGAGCAGUAUGCUAUCCAACGUACAAGAUUCUUUUGGAUUAUCUGGCUUGGCGACAAGUUGACUGCCAUAUUAAUAAUCAGUAUAAUACAUGUUUCUGGAUGCUUGUCAAGUCCGGAAAAACCAAAACUCAAUCCCAAGAUUACUUAAAGGGAACACAAGCACGAGAGAAAAACGAGCUGCUUAGCAAUCAAUUUGGAAUCGAGUACAAUUCAUUACCUCUAAUCUUUCGAAUGGGCUCCUCUGUAUUCCGCUUAAAGGAAUCUGCUGCAGUGGAGAAUGGAGUAGUCUCUGGGAAGAAACUGAGACUGGAGGGAGAAGUGGUGGUAGAUCAUUGCAACAUCAUCGAACGCUGUUUCUGGGAAGAACACCCACACAUUCUUAGCUAUUCAUAAACACAGCUGCGUUUCACUUCACUUGUAAGACUAAUUAGUUGCAACUACUUUUGAAUAUCAUUUUUUCGCCAACAAUGAAAGGCAAUGCUGAAUCAAUUUAGUUACAUGAUAAUACUUUUCAACUGUUUAGACUUUACAGAAGUACUUCGGUUUUGAAUGUUAACAAUAACAUGUGCUUCAGUGGAAAAAAAUUGAUUGUAUAUAUUAAUUUCCAUUGAUAGUUACACAUCAUAUUUUAUAA